AUGGCAGAUGUACAAACAGAGAAAGCCUUUAUGAGACAAGACGGGGUCUCGCUAAAGAGCAAGAAGUUCUUUGCAAAGAAAACUGCCAAAGGAGUGAGAUACUGGAAAAACGUCGGUCUUGGUUUCAAAACUCCGAAAGAAGCAAUUGAAGGAGCUUAUGUUGAUAGAAAAUGCCCAUUCACAGGAGAUGUUUCUAUCCGUGGGAGAAUCCUGAAAGGUAUGGUUAUUUCGACAAAAAUGAAACACACAAUUAUUCUUAGAAGAAACUAUCUUCACUAUAUCCCCAAAUAUAAAAGGUUUGAAAAGAGGCAUAAGAACAUUUCAGCUCACUGCUCACCAGCCUUUCAACACAUAAAGGAAGGAGAUAUUGUGACAAUUGGCCAAUGCAGACCUUUGUCUAAAACCGUCAGAUUCAACGUUCUUAAGGUUCAAUCAAAUCAAAUCUUUGGAUCAGCUAGAAAACAAUUCGUAUUAUUCUAA